UUAAAAACUUUCACGUAUCAGUUUUUAAGUAACAUUAAAAAAAGAAAGAUUUGAAAACCUCGAUAAGAAAAAUGUAAACAAAAAUGAUUACCGGAGCUGUUAUUUUGUAAAAAUUAUUAAAGAUGGCGUCCUCUGAAAAUGACCGAAAAGACUCAAAUAAUAAAAUAAUACUUCAGCAACCUACCAUAAAAGUUCAAGAAUUAGAUAUAUAUAGAGCAUCUCAGCUUGGAGAUUUAGCUCGAUGUCAGAAAAUAAUAGAAGAAAAAGGCACAGAAUAUCUACUCGAACAUGAUGAAAGAGGACAUACUGCUUUGCAUUGGGCAUGCUUAGGUGGUCAUAAUAAUAUAGUAAGAUUCUUCAUACAGUGUAAUGCUCCAUUAGAUAAAGCUAGUUUGAAUGAGUUAGGCUCAAAACCAAUUCAUUGGGCUUGUGUAAAUGGUCAAAUUUUAACUGUAGACUUAUUACUUCUUAAUGGUGUAUCAAUAAAUACAACAGAUAAAAGAGGGUGCACACCUUUAAUCAUUGCAACUCAAUAUGGAAAAACUAUGCUAGUUAGUUAUUUAAUAGGUAAGGGAGCAAGAAAAGAUUUUACCGAUGUUGAUGGAGAUUCAGCAUUACAUUGGGCAUCAUUUAAAGGUCAUAGUGAAAUAGGUCAGUUGUUAAUUUAUAGUGGUUUCAAUCCAAGACAAAAAGAUGAUGUUGGGCAGACACCAAUGCAUCUAGCAUGUUUAAGUGGAAACCUUGAAAUGGUGAAGCUUAUAAAUAAACAGGGUUGUGAGCUUGAGUUACGUGAUUCAAAUAAUAAAACACCACUUGACUUGGCAAAGGGAAGAAACUAUAAAGAUAUUAUUUUUUACCUUGAAAAACAGAUGAAAGUGAAUACAUAUUGCAGCUUUUGCAAAAAAAUCUGUGAACAUAUUGGUCAGAGGCGCCACUUGUUCUUUUUUAUAUCAUUGAUGUUAGCCUUUAGCUAUCCAUUAUACAUUUAUCAUAUAAAUUUUUUAGCCGAACAUAUUCCUAUUUUGAACAUUGUUUUUCUAAUUUGCAACAUACCAAUGUGGUAUUUUUUCAUACGAACAGCUAAUGUUGAUCCUGGCUUUCUCCCUCAGCAUUCCGAUGAAUAUGAUUUGGCUUUGAAAAAAGUUUCUCUUCACAAAGAAUGGGAAGUAGAAAACGCUUCUUCGAAUCCACUGGCAAGAUUAUGCCAUACAUGUCGUUUAGUCCGCCCUUUAAGAGCAAAACAUUGUAGAUUAUGUGAUCGUUGCGUUUAUGAAAUGGAUCAUCAUUGUAACUUUGUCAACAAUUGCAUUGGACCAAAUAAUAGAGUUCAAUUUUUGCUUUUCCUUAUGAGUACAUCUUUUAAUAUGUGGCUAGCUAUUUAUAUGGCCUCGCAAAUAGUUGUUGCUUUUGGUUGGACUAUUAUCAGACUUCUGUUUCUCAUUAUCUACGGUGUAUUUGCACCAUUUAUUCUGUCUAUGAUGGGUGUUACUAUAUACCAAGCUGCCGUUAACAUAACAACAAAUGAGCGCAUCAACAAAGCAAGAUAUCUAUAUUUGAAAGAUGCAUCUGGAAACUUCUAUAAUCCUUAUGAUCGUGGCGUGUUUCUUAAUAUUCUUGAGUUUGUAAAAAUAUCUCCACGUUCAACUGUUAAGCGCGAUAUUGACACGCAAUAUUUUUCUGUGUGAGGUUUGUGAGCGAACUUCAUAAUCUUGUUAUCAACGUUAAAUUAUUACCCUUUUUUACAACGCAGAGCGGCAUUGCUAAAAUGUAGAGCCAUAUUAUACUAAUCGGUAAAGGUUGUGUGGCAACAAGCUGGAUCAGUUUAAAAUGUUAUCUUAACUUGUUUCCUAGUAAGCGUAUUUUAAAGCAAGUUUGACUUAAUUAUACUGUAUAUCAUCUGUAUUUCAAUUAUCGAUCAGGUGGUUUGGUUUCAGUCAUAACUUUGGUUCAUUUGGCUGAAAAGUUUUGAUAAUUUUCAAAACAAAAAUAAUCAAAUUAUCGCA